AUGGAGCGGCAGUGGAGUAGUGAAUCUGGUGGGAAUGUGAUGGAGCGGCGGCAAUGGAGUAGUGAAUCUGGUGGUGGGAAUGUGAUGGAGCGGCGGCAGUGGAGUAGUGAAUCUGGUGGUGGGAAUGUGAUGGAGCGGCGGCAGUGGAGUAGUGAAUAUGGUGGGAAUGUGAUGUCUUCGUCGUCUUCCCCAUCACACUCACACUCACGUAAUGGUGGACAUGCUCGCUCAUCUUCCCUCACCGGAAUUUCAACCAUUAAAAGAACUCAGAAUGUUGCUGCUAAAGCCGCUGCUCAACGCCUCGCACAAGUCAUGGCUUCUCAGGCUGCCGAUGACGACGAUGACGACGGCGAUCUAGGAUUUCGCUACAGUGCUCCUCCUCCCCUCGCUCUCUCCAGGACCAGUCAUAGUCAUAGACCGGAAGAAGCAUUGUAUGUUCGCCCAGUAGUAGCAUCUAAUAAUAGUAAUCGACCGCCGCUCAACCACAGGAUUCCGCCUCCUCUUCUGCCCAAAGAUAAAAGAUUUCCCCUUCAACCAAAGGAUUUGGGAGACAACCGUGAGGCCUCUGCUCUUCGUGAUGAGGUCGAUGUGCUUAGGGAACAGAAUCAAAGUUUUUUUGACAAGCUUAGACUUGAGGAACAGAGAUGCAAGGAAGCAGAGGCCAGAGUUAAGGACCUUGAGAAACAGGUCGCUUCCCUUGGAGAAGGAGUAUCUUUGGAAGCUAAACUCUUUAGCAGAAAGGAAGCAGCAUUACGUCAAAGAGAGGCCGCACUGAAAAAUUCCCGAGAAUCAAAGGAUGGAGUUGAUCAGGAAAUCACAUCUCUACAGACUCAAGUUGAGCAUGCAAAAGUAGAGACUGAAGCCACAGUGAAACAACUGAGUGGAGCUGAAUCCGAAGUGAAAGCUCUCCGAUCAAUGACACAAAGAAUGGUAUUAACUCAGAAAGAAAUGGAGGAAGUUGUUCUUAAGAGGUGUUGGCUAGCUCGUUAUUGGGGUUUAGCCACAAAAUAUGGUAUCUGUGCAGAUGUUGCGGUUUCAAAGUAUGAACUUUGGUCAUCCUUAGCCCCUCUUCCAUUUGAGAUUGUUGUUUCUGCAGGACAAAAGGCCAAGGAGGAAUCCUGGGAAAAAGCAGGCGAUGAUGCGACAGAGAAGAGGAGCAAUCUUGUUCCAGACUUGAAUGAUCUUACUGGAGAAGGAAAUAUUGAAAGUAUGCUUUCGGUUGAAAUGGGACUCAAGGAGCUUGCUUCUUUAAAGGUUGAGGAUGCUAUUGUUCAAGCAUUUGCCCAACAACGGCGUCCAAGUCCAAAUUCUGCUCGACAACUAGUAUUAGAUAUUAAAUCACCAGGGGAUCCUAAGUUUAUGGAAGCAUUUGAGCUGAGUCCAGAGGAAUCUGAGGAUGUUCUUUUCAAGGAGGCCUGGCUGACUUAUUUUUGGAGAAGAGCCAAGGCUCAUGGUAUAGAGGAGAACGUCGCCAAAGAACGCCUUCUGUUUUGGAUUGGUCGAAGUAGGCAUUCACCUACUUCACACGACGCUGUUGAUGUGGAGCAAGGGCUUUUGGAGUUGCGGAAAUUGGGGAUUGAACACAGACUUUGGGAAGGAUCCAGAAAAGAAGUUGAUCAGGACUUGACUAUUGCACCAAAGAUUGGGCAUCAUGUGUCAAGUUGA